AUGGAUAAGAGGCAACUUAUCGGAAGUGCGACUCGCUAUAUUGCCGGGCGUCAUGCAGUCCAGACGGUGUAUUGGCGGCGUGCAGGCGACGAUACUAAGGGGCUUGUGAAGACCACAAAGAUGACCUUUUUUGGCAAGAACGAGGGUGCCAACAAAGUCGACACCGCAGAAAUGUUUGCCAGAGUACGGGAUAGAUAUGCG